ACGUAUCCAUAGAGCGAAUGUAAUACAUGUUUGUUGUUUAUCUUGUUUUAUAUUUUCUUCAUUUCUUUCUCCAGCCAUAUGUAGCUCAAUAGACUAAUCUACUAUAUCGUUGUCCAUUAUUUACACACACGUAUCCAUAGAGCGACACGCUGCUUUCUCUUUCGUUCAGAGCCCGUUUCCGUCCCCGGAGGUCUCGGCGCAGUGAGAGCUCCUGUCCUUCGCCUCUCUCUGGUCCUUCCACUACGUCAGGCCGUCCGCUCGUGAAGAUGUCUGCGACGGGUUCAGGCGGACCCGCCUCGAGUCCCGGGACCGCCUCGAGCCCCGGGACCGCCUCGAGCACCGGGACCGGGACCUCCAACCCCAGAAAGUUCAGCGAGAAGAUCGCGCUGCACACGCAGCGGCAGGCCGAGGAGACGGCCGCGUUCCAGGAGGUGAUGAUGGACAUCUCGUCCACUCGGCUUCAGGCCCAGAAGCUCCGCCUCUCCAGGACUCAGGGUUUGUACUACGGCGGCUCGCUGCCCAACGUCAACCAGAUCGGCAGGAGCCCUCAGGACUUCCAGGGCUCCUUCUCCUCCACUCUGGAGUCCAGCCGGUCCACUCGGCAUCACGGUUUGGUGGAGCGAGUCCAGCGGGAUCGCCGGUUCAUCUCACCCGUCCGACCAUACCGCAACCGACAAGUGGACAGCUCACCCUAUAACUCCGCCUACUUGUCCCCGCCUCCUGACCCCAGCUGGAGAAGGAAUUGGUCCGGAAACUUCCCUGGGGAUAAAAGCCAGUUGUUUCGUCUCCCCACCACAGCACUCAACAGGACAAACUCAGACUCGGCCCUCCACACCAGCGUGAUGAACCCUCCCACAGGAGACCCCUUCACCACAGGAGGACCCAGCCUCACCCCCCAGAGCAGCAGACGCACCGGUCAGAGUGAUGGAGAGGGCAGAAGAAUGUUUCCGUACCCUGUGCCCCCCAUUGAAGAGAACGUGUUGGAUGAGGGGAAGCUGCUCAAACCCUGGGACACCAAGAAGUUGCCUCUGUUGUCAUCCCGACCAAAGUCCUGUGAAGUCCCAGGCAUCAAUAUCUUUACGUCCCCGGAGCAGCCGUCCACGGCGACUCAUGGCGUCCCGUCAGGACUCAAUACCGGCGGCUCGCUGCCUGACCUGUCCAGCCUCCACUUCCCCUCCCCGCUGCCCACGCCGCUUGAUCAGGACGAGCCCGGCUACCCAGGAUCCUCCUCUCUGAGCGGGGGUGGCAGCACGGGGAACCUGGCCUCCACCCUCACUCAGUUGGGCAUCAAUGCCGCAAACGCACAGGGAGGCAACAGCAGCUUCCACCACCACACACCAGGUCUCCUGGCGUCUCUACAGAGCACGCUCAGUAACCCCUCCCUGCAGUCAUCACUAAGCAACCCCAACAUCCAGUCAUCGCUGAGCAGCCACUCCUUCUCCAACUCUUUGAGCUCCGCCUCCCUGCACUCGUCGCUCAGCAACCCCUCACUGCAGUCGUCUCUCAGCUCCUCCCCCUCCCUGCAGUCCUCGCUCAGCAGCCAAUCACUGCACUCCUCCCUCAGUAACUCCUCCCUGCAGUCGGCGUCCAGCGGUAACCCCGGCUACAGCUCCGGCUCCUGCUCCUCCUACUCGCCGCUGCUCAGCGGGCAGGGCCAGCCAUCACUCAGCACGUCGCCACGGAGACGGGCACAGCUCUCCCCGCUCAUCCUGCCCAUGGGGGGGUCACGGAGGCAUCACUCCAAACAGUUCUCCCCCACCAUCUCCCCCACCCUGUCCUCCAUCACACAGGGCGUCCCUCUUGACACCAGCAAACUGCCUUUGGACCAGAGGCUCCCUCCGUACCCGCUGAGCCAGUCCCAUCAGCACCAGCCUCUCCCCGGUCUGCAGGGCUCCCAGCUGGGCCAGCAACCCUCUCAGAUGAGCCAGCACCACCAACAGCUGCACCGCCUUCAGCAGCCAAGGCCCAACGCUCAGCAGCAACAGCAGCUUCACCUGCAGAACCUACGCAACUCACACAACCAGCACAUGCAGCAGCACUUUGGAUCGCAACAGAGGCCAAUGGAGCAGCAGGCUAACACUGUGAACUUGCAGCUGAUAAAGAACGAGAGGCCAAUAGAUCAGUGUGUGCAGACCUCCUCUCAGUGUCAAAUCAAACAGGAAGCCGAGCAGCAGGCGGAGCAGCACCGAGCAAGUGGCCUCCCCCAGCUCCAGCAGAUCAGCCACAACCUGGCCACAGACCUGUACAACGAUGCCUUGUUCAACUCUCUACUUGACGACCCCUAUCUGGAUCUCCAGCUCACAGGCAGAUCUACCCAGCAGUUCACAGCAGAGAACCAGGUCGACUGUCUGUCUCUGAACCACAGCGGCCUGAUCUGCAGCAGCGACAAGAACCAGUACCCAUCCAGCACCCAGGGUCACCUGGACCUGCAGGACCCCGGAGACCAGCAGCUACUCAACAACCAGAACCAGAACUACGGUGGAGACGGACGACACAACGUUCCCAACAUCAUCCUCACUGGUGGGUCCGCUACUGGAGCUGAUGGCACGUUCAUGAGACUCCCCCCGGGUCUGUCUAAGGAGAUAGCCAGCGCCCUGUCUCACGUCCCGGGCUUUGAGAUGGACCCGUUCUCCCUGGACGACCCUCUGAGGAUGGACCCGCUGGCUCUGGACAUGUUGGAUGGAGACCUGAUGCUGGCCGACCCGGCUGUGGAGGACUCCUUCCGAUCCGACCGGCUGAAGUGACCCCUCCUCCCCGCGUUGGGUGGAAGAGACGACCACCGUAAGAGGUGGAGAGGACCGAGAACAGGCGGUCUGCAGAUCUCUGUCGGGGGUCGGCAUGAACCGGAGGACCGGAGUCCUCUUCAAAGCCCUUAAACCGCAUCGCUACGCUCCGAGUCCAGAACGGCCGAGACGCUCCUCUCUGUCGGCAGCUUGAAGGAGUCCUAUCGGCAUGGCAACGCAAAGUACGCAGGAAUAAAGCGCUCACGGGACGCCGGCCUUACGUCUGUGCAAACCAGCAACGCUUGGAAGGAUUAUGCACCCCCCAC